AACUCAAAGCCGAAUGCUUGUUGAGUCUUGUGUAACCGGUGUGUUUCAGCGCCCCCUUCAUGUACAAGUGAAAGUCACGUUUUGUAUGAAGUCAAGAUCAUUGGUUUCUUCAGCACCCAUGAGCUCCUUCUCCACUUCCUGCCUCAUCCUACCUCAGCCUACAUACCAACACAUGCUGCUUGGUUCUCACCAAAAAAAAAAGAGGAGUGCGAACGGGUGGGCCGUACUUCAAACACUCGUAGACCACCGUCAUGCUGCAGGAGGCCUCUGCACUCCCUCCGAGUGCAAAGAUGCAAUUCGACGGUAAGGAAGCAGGUGGGGCGGGGCUUGAUAGCUCUGACAAUCAUUUUGUCAGCAAGCGGGUUCGAGAGUGAUCGCUGGCUCCAAAAUGGCCCAUCAUUUCAUUCCUCUUCUGGUGAUUUUGGCCUCACAGAUUUGUCCGUCCGUGAGAGCUUCACAACCCGUCGUCCUCAGCCCCAAGGAAGGAGAGCAAGUGCAAAUUCAAUGCAAACCAAGCAUUGGCACUUUGGUGAUGUGGUUUCGCGUGCUCGACGGCAGCACGAUGGAAUUCAUCGGAUCCUUCUCCAACAACGGGGUACUAAAGGGAGCCCUGCCCUCUAUCUUCACUCAUACGCCAGGGAAAGAUGCUAUCACCUUAAAUUCAUUCAAGUCCAGUCGAGACAGCGGCCUCUACACCUGCGGCUCUCUGAAGAACAAUCAAGUGAACUUUGGUCAGGUGACGUCUCUGGUCGGGGAGAAAAUUGUUAACAGGCCUCCUCCUACGACCGUCCCGAGCAAAAUAAAUCCUCCAGCGACGAAGGCCCGGCCGUGCACUUGCCCGACCCUUCCAAAGCAAGUGGAAACCAGCAGCCGAACCAUUUGUGAGCCGUUCAUCCUGGGCGGGCUCGCCGGAGGCUGCGGCCUUCUUCUUCUGCUCCUCAUCGUCGUCAUCGUGUACUGCAAUCACACCCGGACACGCAGAUGCCCACAUCAUUACAGGAAAAGGCCACAGAUGAAGCCUCCUGGAAACAAAUGAGGAUCCGCCGGCAUUGUUUUAUUUCUCUUCUUUUUCUCUUUUUAACUUUGUCUGUGAUUUUAUUGAAAUUAUUGUCACCAAGAAACUCAGAAAAAGAAAAGAAAUGAGCCAUUAUUUCCUUUUUUGUUUCUUUCUCUGUAAUAACUUUUGAAAAAAAUACGCAGCGUUCUUUGUUUCAUGCUCAUCCACCAACAAUAAAGCUUGUAUUUCAAUAAGCAAA